AAUUAAUGGAAUUUCAACAUAUAAUAUUUAACAAAUGACAUAUUUUGAUAAAUAUACGGCAAUUCUUUUGCUCAAAAAUGAGCGCGAAAUUGAUUGUUUUGUGCUUCACCGGAUGCCGUACUAAUGUCUUCCGGGUUCAUAACAGUCACGUGACUUAAACAAAUUCAUAUCACAUGCUUCCAUAUGCUGAAAAACACACCGACGUAUUAGAAUGGCUUUAUACAUAUGUCGUUUAAUUUGAACAUUUUAUCAUUUAUAUCAGAUACUUCUGGGUGGAAAUGUAUAUGAAUCCUGCCUGUUAAGCAAAGUGGCUGUCACUGCUCGCCGCUUUGUCAAUUUAUCGUUUUUCUGUUUUUUGAGUUCCGACGUUGUGAGCAAACAUGCCUCAGUCAGCAGCUGUCAUCAGUGGGCUUCAAAAGAUGGUUCUGUACGAGACCAGAGCUAGGUAUUUUUUGGUGGGGAGCAAUCAGGCUCAGACCAAACACAGAGUGCUGAAGAUUGACCGCACGGAACCUAAGGACUUGGUCAUUAUUGACGAUAAGCAUGUGUACAACCAGCAAGAGGUGCGCGAGUUGCUCGGUCGCCUGGACUUGGGAAACCGCACAAAGAUCGCCCAGAAGGGUCCGUCGGGCCUGUCCAGGGCCGUGUCAGCCGUCGGAAUCGUGGGCUUUGUACGCUUCCUUGAGGGCUACUACAUGGUGUUGAUCACCAAACGCAGAAAAAUGGCUGACAUCGGCGGUCAUUCCAUUUAUAAAAUUGAGGACACCACUAUGAUUUACAUCCCUAAUGACUCUGUCCGGGUGGCCCACCCUGAUGAAGCCAGAUAUGUGAGAGUUUUUCAAACCAUGGACCUCUCCAGCAACUUUUACUUCAGCUAUAGUUACGACCUAAGCCACUCGCUGCAGCACAACCUGACGUUGCUACGGAGGCCUUAUGAACUGUGGUCGUCGUCGGCCUCUAACGCUGAAGAUGAAGUAAACACCCGGAACAAGCAGGACAGCUUCGAUAUAUUUGAAGACGAGGGCUUGCCCACGCAAGUGGUUUAUGGCGUGCGUGCUGAGCCAUACUACAAGUACGUUUGGAACGGGAACUUGUUGGAGCGGGUUAAGGACAUCGUACACCCUGACUGGCUCAUGUAUAUCAUCCACGGAUUUUGUGGACAGUCCAAGCUCCUGAUCUACGGUCGCCCGGUGCACAUCACCCUCAUCGCCAGGCGCUCGAGCAAAUUUGCAGGAACCCGCUUCCUGAAAAGAGGAGCCAACUGCGAGGGGGACGUUGCAAAUGAAGUGGAGACCGAGCAGAUUGUCCACGACGCCUCUGUGAUGUCGUUCACGGUGGGAAGUUACUCAUCGUACGUCCAAACGCGAGGCUCAGUCCCACUCUACUGGUCGCAGGACAUUUCCACCAUGAUGCCCAAGCCCCCAAUUCGAUUGGACCAAGCAGACCCAUAUGCACAUGUCGCCGGUUUGCAUUUCGACCAGAUGCUACAGCGAUUUGGAUCACCCAUUAUCAUCCUGAACUUGGUUAAGAAACGAGAAAAAAGGAAACAUGAGAAAAUUCUGAGUGAGGAGCUCUAUCCCGCCGUGCUCAACCUCAACCAGUUCCUGCCACCGCAGCAUGGCAUCGAAUACAUUGCGUGGGACAUGGCCCGCUACACCAAAAGUAAACUCUGCAAUGUCCUGGACCGUCUUAGCAUGAUUGCGGAAAAUGUGGUGAAGCGAACCGGCUUUUUCGUCAACCGUCCAGACUUGUACUGUCAUACCCUCCACCCGGAUGAAAGAUGGGGAGACUUGGGUGGAAGCAUUUCAGCCAGCGGACGAGUACAGACCGGUGUUCUCAGGACCAACUGUGUGGACUGUCUGGACCGAACCAACACCGCCCAGUUCAUGGUAGGCAAGUGUGCACUUGCCUAUCAACUCUACGCACUGGGAAUGACUGACAAGCCCAAGCUCCAGUUUGACACCGACUGCGUGAGGUUGUUCGAGGAGUUGUACGAGGACCAUGGGGACACGCUAUCGCUGCAGUACGGCGGCUCACAGCUGGUGCACAGGGUCAAGACCUAUCGGAAGAUUGCGCCAUGGACUCAGCACUCCAAAGACAUCAUGCAGACGCUUUCGCGCUACUACAGCAACGCCUUCUCUGAUGCGGAUCGACAGGACGCCAUCAAUUUAUUUCUCCAAGUCUACCAGCCAGCAGAGAGCCGCCCACACUUAUGGGACCUUCCCACUGACUUCUACCUGCAUCAGAAGAGCACAAUGGCCCUCCCGAUGGACAGACGCAGUUACACACUGUGGUGGUCAGAGGGAGUCCUGUCCUACCUGCCUAUCGCCUAUGAUGAAGUCCCAUGUGAUGAAACCAUGAAGAAGUUGAAAGUCAAGCGAGUAAACCGCUUCGACGAGACCAUCGACAUCUACACGGAGUUCUUCCGACCCUAUGAGCUCACCUCCUUCGACGACACCUUCUGCAAAGCCAUGACCAACUCGGCCAGGGAGUUCAUGCCUAAAACAGUGGGAGUGGAUCCCAGCCCGUUCACGGUCCGCAAACCGGAGGAGACUGCGAAAUCAGUGCUGGGCAACAAGAGCAGCAAGGAGGAGACGCUGGUCCAGCGGAAGACAGCGGCCAGCGCGCCCCCUCCGCCUAGCGAGGAGGCAAUUUCUAGCUCAUCGGAGGACGACUCUGAGGAGGACCGUGAGGACGACGCCUCCGUCUCGCAGCGCUCCACCCCGGUUAAACUUUGGCUGGAAACUGGAGAGAGUGGCCGGGCGCCAGAGGAGACCCACCAUCAAGCUUUCAAGGAACCCUAUGGACUUAAUCUGGCCGAAUUCCCUGCUGAGCAAGACCUGUUCAUCUACAACCGGUUUGCGCGACUGGGAGAGAGCCAGCAGCGGCGAACAGCGAGGAGUGAGCACCUCCACUUGGCAAACAUCAUCAGCUUAGAACCGGUUUCCCGCUUCCCCGAGGACAGCGUGUACGCCGCGUCACCACCGCAAGUGGACCGUGACAGCCGAGACGUCUUCGAGAGCCACGUGAUGGCGGCCUACGGUCAAGUGAGGCACCUGUGCCGCGACGACAUGUUGAUGUACAGGGAGUACGUCAAGAACAGAUACAUGUGAUGGAUAUUUAUUUUUUGAAUCCAAAGACACUUUCUUAUGGAUCAUGAGUCAUGUGGAUGAUGUUAUUUUUAGGAUUUUUAUUACUCCCAUUCAUAUUUAUUGAAACCCACGCAUAUGCCUUUUUAGGUGCUUUUAUUUUGAAGAAAUGCUAUGAAAUCGAUUGAUUUAAGAUGACUAAAGUGAGGAGUAAAGACUGUUUGAAGCUGUGAAAUCAAUUGAAUUCAAUUGAAAACGCUCUAUCCAAACAGCCACAGAUCUUCAGAUUAUAUGUCUGCAAAUAUUGCUUUAUUAUCUAUGUGUACGUAAAAUAUAAGGAACAUCAUUUAGAACCUUAAAAGUUUUUUUCCACUGCUGUAUGACAUUUCUGCAAGCUAUUUGCAUGUGAACGUACCACGAAUGAUCUUUGAAGCAGACUUUGAAAGUUUGAUCAUGAUGAUUCAAUUAUGUUUGCUUUUAUUUCAUGUUAUAAAAAUGAACUUGUCUAUGCACAUAUUUUCCGUUGGAUUUUGUAUGUUGGAUAUGAACCGUCUCGCGUGUGAAUGUGCGAAAGCGUCAUGCUGCCACAUCAGGAGGUUGGUUUUUUUUUCGUUAUGUGAUGAAUUUCGUGUUUUAAUUCCUUAAAUUUCGCAGUUAAAUGUGUCACGUUUUAACCUGUUUAAUUUUUCAUUACGAUUUCAUGUUUCAAUGUGAUUUCACGAUUGAAUUUUACGUUUAAUCGGGUUUCACGGUUUAACAAUUUUCAUGUUUUGGCGUGCUAAAUUUCUUCUUAUAACGUGAUAAUUUUCCUAUUUCAUCGAGCACACUGAUCAAUUCCGCCUUUAUUCACGUUUUAAUAUGAUGAAUUUCACUUUGUAUGGUGUAAGGUUCUACACUAUGACGUGAAAAGUUUAAUGAUUAAUGAUCAUGUUCAUAUGUUAGCGUUAGUGUUGUUCCGAUCAUGUUUUUUUGCUCCCGAUCUGAUCCCGAUCGUUUUAGUUUGAUUAUCUGCCGAUCCCGAUAUUUCCCGAUCCGAUUGCAUUUUUUUUCUUCCCGAUUCAAUUCCAAUCAUUCUCCGAUAAUUUUUCCUGAUCAAAUACAUUUUGGCAAUGCAUUAAGAAAAAAAUGAAUAAAACUCGGACGAAUAUAUACAUUCAACAUACAGUACAUAAGUACUGUAUUUGUUUAUUAUGACAAUAAAUCCUCAAGAUGGCAUUUACAUUAUUAACAUUCUUUCUGUGAGAGGGAUCCACGGCUAGAAAGACUUGUAAUUCUUAAAGGAUAAAUGUGACUUUGUAUAUUGUGACUAAAUAUUACCAUCUAGUGUAUUUGUUGAGCUUUCAGUAAAUGAUACUGUGGCCAUUUAACUUCUGCCCAAAUGCAUGAUGGGAAGUGCAACCAUGACUGUGCGUCGUGAUACCAAUUGAUAUAUCUUCUCUGCGUUGGGAAAUAACAAAGGGGGUUAAGAAAAAGAUCAACUACUACCUUUCUUCCCCACAUUGCUUCCCACGAUUAUUCUAAUCAUUGGGAGAGGGAUUGUAAGGCUUUAGCCAUUUAAGAAAAAGGCUCCAAAGGCUGACAAAAUUCACUCUACUCAUUUUACACUACCUUUUAGCUCUAUAUACUGUAUGGUUAAAACGGCGCCAUUAUAGCUUGAACGCGACAAUGAGUGGGUCGUACAGCGCAUGAGUUAAUUGCGUUAAUCAUUGUAACGUGAUAAAUGUAAAAAAUAUUAAUUCUCGCCCCUACCUUAAACUUAAACUAAAGACUCUGGAAGAGUGUAACACAUUAUGUCUGUAACCU